AUUUGUCGUGUGUAAGAAAUUGUUUCUCUCUCACGCUCUUGCUUUUUCUCUGUUAUGGGUUUCCUUUGUUGUUGGGUUGGCCAAUUGCCAACCUAGUUUGGCGUUUGAAGACUCAACUCUUUUGCCAUGACAAAACAGUUUUAUUCAAAACGUUGUCGUGUCAAGUCACAAACGGAGUUAAAUACGCGUUGAAAGAAAAAGCCUUUGCCAUGAGACAUCCUCUCAAAAUAUUGCCACUCACACUGUGGUCCCUACUGCUCCUGGUCCCCUGUGUUCGGUGCUACCCCAGUCUGGUGGCGCGAAAUGAUUUAAGAGCCCGUCUGCUGCAACAAGUGGAGCGUUCUUCAUAUUUGGAUGCCCCUGAAGUGUUGGAGGAAACCAUACAUGAGGUCCAGCAGAUAUUGAAUCAGGAUCCUACUUUGCCAAGGUUAACCAGAGGAGAAAUCGAGGAACUCUAUGAAAAAGUCACCCGAGAAGAAUACCAAAAAAGCCUGGCAGCUGGAGAUAAAGUUCGGGCCGACAGCAUGCGUGCCCUAAUGCUCGUGCUGCCCUACAACACGGACAACAAUACCGAGGAGAAUUUACAGGAACUUUUCACCCGUCCCCCGGUAACCAAGGUCAUUGAUUCCUACUCCUCCCACCAGCCCAUACAGUUCCUAACACCUUCAGCCCAAAAUGAAGGCCGACCGGAAUCCAGCCACCCCGUGGGCCUUGUGGAUCCCACAACCUAUAAACCCCAAUUUGUCAUCCGGCAAACCCAAGGUAUGUCCCUAAAUCCCACAACCUAUCAUCCCUCCAAUCCUCCCUCUGUUCUAUAUCGCAUGACUCCCGCAGCGGAUAGUGUGGUGCCUUUCAAGCCCUUGGUCACGGAUUUCCCCUCGAAUCAUGCCUAUGGCACGGCCGAGCAAUCGUCGAAGGCGGGUCAACGCUUCAGCAGCCAUUACAGUGCCAAAGAUAUGGAGUUCCUGAAAUUGGCAUUGGAGAAGCAGAAGAGGAAUACCCCGGCCACAACAACCAUAAAACCAGUGGCUGAUAUCCUGGAGUCCAUGGGCAUUGUGAGCCAAACCCAAUCGCGACACAAGGAUGUAUUCGAUGACUACUAUGCGGCGGAAAGUGCCCAGGUGCCGCAGGUGGUGAGUGUGGCAGAUUUAAAGGGGCUCCGCCAGCAAAGUUUGGCGCCCAAAAUCAAACCCGAUGCCUAUUCCAUGUUUAAGCCCCUGAAUAUUGGUGAGGAAAUUCGUGUCAAACCCGAGGUGGAGGGAUAUCUCACCAGGUUUGGCAUUGUGGGCGGCAGGCGGAGGAAGGCCAUUAAAAAGAAUGAGGCCUCAGCCACCACCCAAAAUGCCCUGGAGCAGCUGAGUGAGGGCAGUGAAGUGGCCACGGCCAAGGUACCCUCCGGCAAUCUUGGCAAGGGCAAGAAGGGUGCCUCCAGCAGUGAAACGGAAUUAUCCAAACUUUUGGAAAAUCUCAGGGAAUUGGAAAGGCUGAAUGUGAAUCCUAAGGCGGUGAUAACCACCCCUAAACCCAGGCCCACCACAGCCAGGACAACAACAACUUCGACCACUACAACCACCUCCACCACCACAACAACUACCCCUCAGCCUCUGAUCACCAAUGGCGAACCCAUGCUUAUUGAGCCCAAAAAGCCCAGGCGCCGUAUUGAUCCCAAUUUCGACAUCAACUUUGGUAGCCAGGGCAAUCAUCAGACGGAGGGUGGUCAGGCGGAUCAGCUAAGUCAGCUAUUGAAAAAUUUACAGGAAUUGGAAAAUCUACAGGUCAAGCCGCAGACGGCCUUAAGGGGUGGUGUUGUUACUCCCACCCCGAAAGGUAGCAGUGGUCAGGCCUCAAGACCAGUGGCCGCCAUCAACCCAGCUCCCGUCACCAGUUCCCCUAGCGUGGAGAGCCAAACCCUGGGCAAUCGUUUUGCCACGGGACUCACUCCACAACAACAUCUCUUGCAGCUGCAGCAGCAGGUGCGUCAGGGUCAAACCCAGCCAGAUCUCCAGCAAUUGCAAUUGGUUUUACAACAACUACAGGCAGCGGAACGGGCCAAUGCCAAGACCACCACAAAGCCUCCCACCACCACCACCACGACCACCAGGAAUCCAGCCUUGACUUCCCUGGCCAAAUUUAAUGCCUUGACACCGCAACAGCAGCUGGCCUUACUGCAACAACAGGUUCAGGCUUCCCAACGUCAAGGUGUCCAACCGGAUGUACAACAAUUGCAACAGGUGCUGCAACAAUUGCAGGCCUAUGAACAGAGGACUACCAAGAAACCCACUACCACUUCCACCUCCACGACGACCACCACCAAAAAACCGGUGGGAAAUUUGGAUGCCCAGUUGGGCGCCACCGAUAUUUGGCAGCUACGCAAACUGCUGACCGAUGACAGUGAACUAGAAAAGCUUUUCAAUCAGGCCAAGGCCAGGCAGCAGCAACAACAACAAAAACCUGCCACAACUAGUACCACCUCCACCAGCACCACCACAAGUACCACCAGGAGACCCCCUUCGGGCCCCUCGCUCAAUGAAUUGAUGGAAUUGCAGAAAUAUUUCAAGGAAUUGGAUAGGGCCAAUAGUCGAACCACCACCAGCACCACAACAACGACACCUGUGCCCACCACAACCUCAACUACAACAACCACCACUCCAGCUCCGACAACAACCACAACUUCCACCUCCACCAGCACCUCAACGACAACAACAACCACUCCACGGCCCGUGGUGCGCACCUACGACGAAGAACGGCCCAAAAAACAAUCAGCGGAUCAGCUACAAUUGCAGGAACUUAUCAACAGGGUGCAGCAGCUGGAACGCCUGAAUAGUCAACCUGCCAACCAUCUACCCAGCCCUCUGGCCACAGAUACCCCACUAUCCCCCCUACUGGGCUUCACCACACGCAACGUCAAGGCUCCGCAGGUGGAAGAUUAUCGCCUGCCCGUCAAUGAUUUUGCCAAUUUGCGAACGCUCUACAAUCAAGUGGAGCAGGCCCAGCAGAGGGCGCAAUAUGGCGAAGUGGAAAUCUCCACCAAAGCCACAGCGGCCAAGGCCUAUGAGGAGCUGUAUGACAGCACAACCAAGCGGUCGCAGAAUUUCGCUCAGCGUAUCAUUGACAUCACCAAUGAUACCGGGUCCGGAAGCAGCCUCUCCCAGGUGGAUGCCAAUGAAUUUGUGCAAUUGCAGAAACUGCUCAGCAAGGUACAGGAAUUGGAGAGGGUGCGCAUUAAUUUACCCACACCCAAUCCUCGAGGAAAAAUAGAAAGGGAAGUGACUCCAGCUCCCUCUUCGCUACUCAGUGCGGCCUCGCAGAGGACCCAGAAUGUACAGAAGUUAAAUGGCGCCCAACUUGUGUAUGCCAAUCACAAGAUGACCUAUGAGGAUGAGGAGCAAAGAGCCCCUGCCAAGGACACCACCUAUAAGAAGUUCGAGGAAAUGCUGCUGAAGGAAGAUGAUUUGCGUCUGGACUUGCCAACCUACAAACAAACCCUAGAGCGACCCUACAUUGCCAAACCAAAGGAGGAGGAGGAAGAGAAGAGGAGACCCCCUCAAGAUUCCCAAACCUCAAGUGAGGAACUCAAGGAAAUUGUCUAUGCCCAACCCUAUGUAGAAGGCAAUGCCUACAAGAACCUGCAGCCACCAAUGAUACACAAAACCGUUACCAAGGAGCCACCACGUUUUGUGGCCACCAAGGGUCCGCUGGAGGUCAAUAAGGUUGUGGCCAAAGAGAAAAUGGAUUUGGAGGAAUUGCAGAAGCUACUCAACAAUGCCCAGGAACUAAAGAAGCUGGGCAUAAGUCUGCCCAAGGAAUUGACAGAGAAAUUGGAAACGAAGUUUGAAACUCCUGCCGCAAAUUUGGAGUUGAAUAAGCCAUUGGAUUUGGCCAGCAUUAGGCCGGUGUUCCGGGCCACCACAGAGUCGCCGGAGGAGGAGGAAAAGAUAUCCGAAAAGACAGCUGUAUUCUCGCUGACCACCAUGAAGUCGUUGGUGCCCCGGCCUCCCAAGACCACCACGGAGAGUAGCGUGGAAAAACCCGUCUUUAGUGCCACCAAAAUCAUUGAGGCUGCCAUCAAGAGGGCAGCCAAUCAAAUUGGUGUGUCCACAGAGUUUCCGGCCGGCGAAGGAUUCCGCAGGCGCAGUGAUGAUAAUGUGGAGGAUUUGCAGUUUGCUGACAGUGAUGAUGAUAUGGUGGCCGAUUUCAGUGAAUUCAAUUAUCAAAUGGCCCUGCCGGAGGGAGAACUGCGUAGUGAGGAACAAUCAGUCGUCAAAGCCGAAGAAUCUGCCGCUCCUGAACCUGAUCUUACCAAAGAUCUAAGUGAACUACAAAGGCUCAUUAAAAAUCUCGAGGAGUUACAGAAACUAAAUAUUAGCAGCAAUGAUAAGCUGCUGAGGCAAGCCGAUGCCCAGUAUUUGGAGUCCCUGAAAAGGACCCAGAGACCUGAAGAUGAUACCAUUAAAACUCGCCGGCAAAGUGAGGAGUCCACCGAAGCCACCAGUCCUGUGACUCAAGACAGCAGUAGCAUGGCAAAUCCCACAAGGGUACAAUUGAAUCUCAACUUGGAUGAGGUUACCCCGAGUCCCAGCAGCGAAACCUCAACUGCCAGUAGCACUACGACAACCACAACCACAGAGGAGUCACGUAAUGGCUCCUUGGCGGACCUGGAAGACUCUUUUGGCCCAGAUCCUGUCACCGAAUCACCACCACCACCCAUGAAGAAAAAUGGUUUCUAUUUCCUGGCCGAUUGGAAUAGCUUCCUGGAAGUUGGCGACGGUGAUGAUCAAGUGGUCGUGCGUUUAAGUCCCAAAAUAGGUGAUCCUCGGCUAUUUUUACCAGUUAAAAUUCCUUAGAUAAGUUAGUAAAAAACAGGGUAGCUAUGGUUAGGUUUAUAUUUUUUGUAGACUAAAGCAAGAAAUAACUUUGUAAAUAUAUUCAUCUAAUAUAAGCUGUACUAAGAGUAGAAAAAGCUUUGCUUCAACCGCGAAGUCCCUCUUUGGAGCAGGGGGGUCUAUCAUGGCAAAUCUAGUGGAAUUUUUCCUUUUCAUAUUUUUUUGUUGUUGCAAUUAUUAGUUUUAUAGUAAUAUUUAUUAAUUAUAUGGAGAAAAAUAAACCAGAUUUUUCUUCGCAACAAGUUUACUUUUUAAGAGAGCCGAGAGCAAGAGAACCUUUAAGAGAAGAGAACACAAAAAUAAGUCACAUAUUUCUAUAAAAACGAGUUAUAUAUAGAAUGAGUAGUGGUAAGGCUGAUUUUUAUGGUAAAUAUAUAAAAAUAAGA